CAAUAUGAUUUUCACAGAGGAGUCCAUCGUCGUUUUCUUGCAGACUAUAAAAUUUCAUACUUUCAUCCCUGCACGUUUACACACUUAAAAGUACAAGUCUAGGCUAAAAUAUGAUCGCCUCAAAGGGACUUCAGUUAAUGAGAAACUUUUCAACAACAGCAGUUCGAAAUAGUCAUGCAUAUGGUGGACCUGGAUCUAAUUUGCCGUUUGACGUGUACAGCAAGUAUAAAUUUACAGCUCUACUAGCUGUGUUUUUUAGUACCGGAUUUGGACUUCCAUUCCUGAUGGUUCGGUUUGUUAAACACAGGUCACUAUAAAUGAUCCAAAAACAACUAAAUGUAAUUGACAAUGUAGAUUGUUUAUGAAAAAUAAAAAUAAUGCUAACACACUAGUCAGUAGUUUUAAGUAAAAUGUAAUUUUUAUGU